AUGUGUACUUACUUCAUGAGCACUGGAAGUCAAAAAGAGGAAGGAGCCAAAAUCAGACUUCUACUUUUGGGUACUGGCGAAUCGGGCAAAUCAACAUUCAUGCGACAAAUGCGAAUUAUCUACGACAAAGGCUAUACAGAAGAGGAAAGGCGUUUUUUUAUAUCGGGUAUUAUGGACAAUAUACUAAGUGCCAUGAAAGCAAUGGUCGCGGCUAUGAAUUCCCUUAACAUCGAUUACGAAUUGCAUACCAAUAAAAGAAAUGCUGAACUGAUUGCUUCGGCUGAUUCUGAGACAUUCGCAUGCUCUUUGGGAAUGUAUAUAUUGGCUAUAAAGGACCUGUGGCAAGAUAUUGGAGUCCAAGAAUGUUACAGAAAUCGUAACAAAUACCAGAUAAUAGACUCUGCCAAAUAUUUUCUAGAAAAUAUAGAUCGCAUAGCGGAACCCUCUUAUUUGCCAACCGACGGUGAUAUAUUGCAUGUGAGAAUAAAAACAACCGGCCUGAUAGAUUACCAUUUUACGGUGGAGAACGUACGAUUUCAAAUGACGGAUGUUGAAGGACAACGCUCCGAACGUAGAAAAUGGAUACACUGUUUCGACAACGUAAAAGCCAUUAUAUUUUUGACGGCCGUUUCCGAAUACGAUCAAGUGCUGCGGGUAAAUGAUCAACAAAAUCGUCUUGUUGAAUCGAAAAGUGUCUUCAAAUCACUUCACAAAUUCCCUUGGUUUGCAGAUACCUCAACUGUGGUGUUUUUCAAUAAAAUAGAUUUACUGAGAGAGAAAAUAAUGUACUCGGACCUGGAAAAGUUCUUUCCCGAAUAUCGGGGUCCCAAGAGGGAUUAUGCAGCGGCGAUGAGUUUUAUAAAACAUAUGUUCCUUGACGGUAUUCCACAACAAAAAAUAUAUUCAUAUUUCACAUGCGCCACCGACACAACAAAUGUUAAAGUUGUAUUCAGCACUGUACACGAUUCUAUAUUACGAGAUCGAUUAACGGAGUAUAACUUAUGUUAA